UAUCCUGUUUGAAGUGAUGUAUCUGAGAAAACAAGCCACUUAGACAACAAAGUGCAUUCUGGACUGUUUAUUUUUGUUUCCACACUCUGUUAUAUUUUUCAACAGGCUGAGGUCAGAUUAAACAAUCAGUGUAAUUGAGAAUAAAUUGGCACAGUUAUUUAAAGCUGAUUUUAGAAAAUUUCAGACAAUUCAUUGAAAAGUUUGCAUUUCAACAUGAAGUGUUUAAUUUUUGCGGGGAUUCUUCUUGGAAUCUAUCAUACGUGCAGUGGUAAUCAGUGUGAUCUCACAAUACAGAAAGAUGGUCAGGAACUACAGGAUGGUGAAUAUGUUAUUGGUUUAGGUGGACAAAUUAAUCAGAUAUACUGCAAGGCUCUGUGUUCAGGAUCAGGUCCCACCCCAGCCCUUAAAUGGUACAAGACACCUAGCAAGCGUCCAGUCAGAAUGUUUCGUGGAAGAAUGUAUCAAGUUAGAACAACAUUUGAUAGGGUUAAUAUUCUGACAAUCAGGAACAUGUUAUACUCUGACAUUGGAAUUUACAAGUGCAAAGGAUGGCUGAAAGACCAAGGUUGGGUGGAGAAAUCAUUUGAGCUCACAUAUGGAUGUAGGGGUUUAGAUCAUCAGUGUGAUACCAGUACAUGUCUUAGACAUACAUAUGUAUGUAAUGGCGAUGUAGACUGUCAGGAUGGAACAGAUGAACAAAACUGUAGAGAAUGUAAGGCGAACCAGUAUCAUUGUCAUAAUGGUGACUGUAUUGAUGGAAGCUAUGUCUGUGACGGAUAUAACGAUUGUAUUGAUGCCACAGAUGAACUUAACUGUGGUUGUCGUCCUGACAUUGAAUGUAAGCAUGGUGGCUGUGUUUCAAAGGAGAAAGUGUGUGAUGGUCAUAGAGACUGCACUUUUGGUGAAGAUGAAAAUAAUUGUACGUACUGUAUGGACGGAGAAUAUCAUUGUGGUGGCAAGAUGUGUAUUCCAUCAGAGCGUGUUUGUGAUGCUAUAGAAGAUUGUCAAGAUAAAUCAGAUGAGGCUAAUUGUGGUAUACAAGUGAAUAUAAAAAAUUCAGUACAGGAAGUAUUUGAGGGUGAAACUGUGAGGUUUUUAUGUGAAGCUACCGUCAAGCUGGACCAUAUUCCAUAUGAAAUAAAAUGGAGUAAGCAGGUUGAGAACAUGGAAAAACUACUAAAUACAGAAGGAAGUACACUGGUUAUCAGUGAAGCUAAGAUUAGCGAUUCUGGGGUUUAUGUGUGUACAGGCAGUAACUCUAUCUAUGUUGAUACAGAUAAUGCUGAGCUGAUUGUUAAUAAAAGGUGUCCAGGUGAAUUUCUCUGUUCAAAUGGGUCAUGUAUCUCUCAAGACUAUGUAUGUGAUAUAACUGAGGAUUGUCCUGAUGGUGAAGAUGAACUGAAUUGUGAUAUCUGUGAGAGUAAUCAGUUUGAUUGUGGUGAUGGAACUUGUGUAUUCAAUGAUGUAGUCUGUGAUGGAUAUGAUGAUUGUGACAAUGGAACAGAUGAGGUGGAUUGUUGUGUUGGUAGGUUUCAGUGUUUAGACGGAAACUGUGUUGAUGGUGAUAAAUUAUGUGAUGGUUUACCAGACUGCAGUGAAGAAGAGGAUGAAAGCAAUUGUACUUAUUGUGCUAUUGAUGAAUUUCACUGUGGACUUGGUAGUUGUAUACCAGAAUCACAAGUCUGUGACCAAGUGAGUCAAUGUGAGGACUCUUCUGAUGAGUUUAAUUGUG